CAGAACAAUACAAUGCGAUAAACAUUGUAAUAAGUAUCGAAUAUGAAGUUAAUAAUAUAGAUAAACUGAACCAAGCAUUUUUCGAUGAUGCUAAAAAAUUCAACCCGAUUAAAGUCGACAUUAACACUACAAAACAAGUGUCUUUUGAUUCGUAUAGCUCAUAUAAUUCAUCGACUUUAGAAGAACGUGACAUAGAAUUUCCACUUUUAGGUGGAAAUGGCAUAAGUUUCUGGGUGCGUUCUGGAGAUUCGUUUUACCUUACAACAUGCGGACAUUGUACAUUAUUUGGUCCUAUUCGUGAAGACGGAUAUAUUCAUUUUUUUCAUAUACCAUGGAAUGAAUCUGAUGCCUUAACUGAAAAUUAUGUUGGACCAAUGGUGAUGUACACUAUGCAGGAAUCUGAUUGGGGAUUCGUCUUGAAAUCAAAUUUUAGUAAAUUCAAACCCAGCGCAUUUAUAAGAAAUUCAGAUCUUCAAUUGUACCCAGAAUUAGGAAUUGCCGAUUAUAUUAUGCAUCCAGACGACUCUAUGAUUGGUUCUAUAGUGUGUAUUUCUGGUCAUCAGUCACAUCGCAAAUGUG